GCACAUUAUGCAGCCAUCCAGGAAUUAUCAACUUUGUCAUGCUUCAAAACGAACGACACAAACUCACAGUUUUGAAGUUUUCAGUUAAUACAUUUAUUAUUUUACUACAUAGUACAUCAUACUUCUCAUUUUCUCAACGUUUAAUGCUUGAAUUUUUUAGAAUAUAGAGUCUUACUUACAUCAAUUAUGGAUUCACAAUCUUCUGGAGGAGCUUUUAAACGUAAACCAAAACGUAUGUCAACUUACCAACGAGCCAUGAAAUUCUCCAAACGUGGAAAGUUUGGUCACGGUUUCCAAAUUCAAGAUGAAGACUUUCAAUAUUUCCUAAAUAUUCUCAAAGUAUCAAAAGAAACUUUUGAAAGCAGCGAUGAUAAAUGUAUUUUUGUAGAUAAUGUGUUCAAACAAUUGAAUGGAAAUGAAGUGAAUUAUUGUAGUAAUCAAGUAGUAUCUCGUGUAGUAGAUGACUUAUUACCUUCGGCUAGUGAUCAGACUGUGUUAAAUUUGAUUAAACACUUUGAAAUUGAUCUGCGGCCUAUAUGCUGUGAUCAGUUUGCUAGCCAUGUGCUCCAACAACUAUUACAUGUUGCAAUUUAUAGAGCAUAUAAGGUCACCAAUGACAUAAAUGAGACUACUAAAGAAAAUUAUUUCAAUUUUAUUAAUAAACUGUGCAAAUUUAUAAUUAACAAUUUGGAAGAGUUUAUAUGGGAUACAUAUGCUAAUCAUAUAGUACGCAGUUGUAUUGCUUGUUUAUGUGGUCAACCAUAUUUAUGUUCAAAAACUCCUCAGCAGAAAGGCGAAAGUAUAGAUAUAAAUAAAGAUCAUAAAGAUUUAUUAAAAAAAUAUUCCGACUGUAUAUUAAAUAUUCAACAAUUCUCAGAAAUGCCUACAAAUGAUAUUACUUCUGGAUUAUUACAAGUAUUACUUAAAUCAAUUGCACCUAUAUCUAAAAAAAGAUAUAAAGCUUUAGUUGAAAAAAUAAUGAGCGAAUGUUUUCCGAGUGAUGAAAGUAGCUCCUUUGAUAAUGUUUCUUGGGCUCUUGAAAACAAUUCAUUUUCCAGACUUCUUGAUGUUAUAAUUUCUGAAUCACCAGAUAAAUUGAAUAAAUCAUUAUAUGAAAAAUAUUUCCAUAAUAAACUUGCAAAUUUAUCAAUUCAUCACAAUGGGAAUUUCACUUUACAAAAAAUUUUAUCAACUACUGUAGAUGCCACUAAAUUUGAAACAAUGUUUGAUGAAAUAAAAGGAAAAAUGUCAGAAAUUAUCAGCCUUGGUUAUACUGGAGUGUUAUUAGAAUUAUCUAAUGCUUGUUUACGUUUAAAGUGUAAACAAGCUUUAUUUUUUAAAACAUUAUGUGAGUCAUUAAAAUGUAAAGAAGAAACUGAAGAUGGCAUUACUGUUUUAAUACUUCUUGGGUUAAAAGUUGCCGACAAUUUUGAUAAUUCAUGUAAAGAACCAGCAAUUAAUAUCCAUGGAUCUAUGAUAGUACAAAAUAUAUUAAAAUUUAAUAAACCAAUCAAAAUGGUAAAUAAUUUAAAUAAUUUAGAUACUGAACGACUUGUUUAUUUGCUUUGCAAUGUAAAAGGCAGUUAUAUUGGAAAUGCAUAUUUUGAAAGUGCAUUUAUUGGGGAAAGAAGUCGCGAAAAAUUGAUAUGGAAAUUAAAAGAUUAUUAUGUAACAUUGGCAAAAUCAAAAAGUGGUUCACGGGCUUUUGAUUGUGUUUGGAAAGUGGCUGACUCAAAACAGCGAAUUAUGAUAAUGAAUGAGUUUUUAAAACAUGAAUCUGAUCUAAUUAGCACACAAUUUGGUUCUAUUAUUGCAUCAAAAUUAAAUUUGGGUAUGUUCAGACAUAAAAAAGAUGAAUGGAUAAAAGCUGAUCAAGAUAAACUACAGACUGUAAAAGUUUUUGAAAUCAAUAAAUAUUGUUGAAUUUUUUAUACAA